ACAAUCCGACUCCAUCUGCGUUUCUCUGCGGCCAUCCCGUCGCAAGGGCUCCUGAUAACCCUUGUACAAGCUACGGUCUGGUCGCCGGGGUCUGAUUGAGUUGUUACUUCCACCGCAUACAUUCCUUUCAAGAGCAAGAAGCUCUUCUGUCAGAAACUAGUGUUUCUUUUCCUCUCCUGUUCCUCGAGCCUCCACUCUCCCCUGUCUUAUUCUGUGUGAACCCAGCCGGAGACGCCUCCCCUUCUCCCCCUGCCGGCCCAGUUAUGGCAGAGAACGAUGUGGACAAUGAGCUCUUGGAUUAUGAAGACGAUGAGGUGGAGACAGCAGCUGGGGGAGAUGGGGCUGAGGCCCCUGCCAAGAAGGAUGUCAAGGGCUCCUAUGUCUCCAUCCACAGCUCUGGCUUUCGUGACUUCCUGCUCAAGCCAGAGUUGCUCCGGGCCAUUGUUGACUGUGGCUUUGAGCAUCCAUCAGAAGUUCAGCAUGAAUGCAUCCCUCAGGCCAUCCUGGGAAUGGAUGUCCUAUGCCAGGCCAAGUCAGGCAUGGGGAAGACAGCGGUGUUUGUGUUGGCUACACUGCAGCAGCUGGAGCCAGUUACUGGGCAGGUGUCUGUACUGGUGAUGUGUCACACUCGGGAGUUGGCUUUUCAGAUCAGCAAGGAGUAUGAGCGCUUCUCUAAAUACAUGCCCAAUGUCAAGGUCGCAGUGUUUUUUGGUGGUCUGUCUAUCAAGAAGGAUGAAGAGGUGCUGAAGAAGAACUGCCCGCAUAUUGUCGUGGGGACCCCUGGCCGCAUCCUAGCCCUGGCUCGAAAUAAGAGCCUCAACCUCAAACACAUUAAACACUUUAUCUUGGAUGAAUGUGACAAGAUGCUUGAACAACUCGACAUGCGUCGGGAUGUCCAGGAAAUUUUUCGCAUGACCCCCCACGAGAAGCAGGUCAUGAUGUUCAGUGCUACCUUGAGCAAAGAGAUUCGUCCAGUCUGCCGCAAGUUCAUGCAAGACCCAAUGGAGAUCUUCGUGGAUGAUGAGACGAAGCUGACGCUGCAUGGGUUGCAGCAGUACUACGUGAAACUGAAGGACAACGAGAAGAACCGGAAGCUCUUUGAUCUUCUGGAUGUCCUUGAGUUCAACCAGGUGGUGAUAUUUGUGAAGUCUGUGCAGCGCUGCAUUGCCCUGGCCCAGCUCCUGGUGGAGCAGAACUUCCCAGCCAUUGCCAUCCACCGUGGGAUGCCCCAGGAGGAGAGGCUUUCUCGGUAUCAGCAGUUUAAAGAUUUUCAACGACGAAUUCUUGUGGCUACCAACCUGUUUGGCCGAGGCAUGGACAUCGAGCGGGUGAACAUUGCCUUCAACUACGACAUGCCUGAGGAUUCUGACACUUACUUGCAUCGGGUGGCCAGAGCCGGCCGAUUUGGCACCAAGGGCUUAGCCAUCACGUUUGUGUCAGAUGAGAAUGAUGCCAAGAUCCUCAACGACGUGCAGGAUCGCUUUGAAGUCAACAUUAGUGAGCUGCCUGACGAGAUAGACAUUUCCUCCUACAUUGAACAGACGCGGUAGAGGACUCACCCACCAUUCGGGAAUGAGAAAGUCUGUCCCUCUGCAGGAGAUGACACCAAGCAUGGGGGUGAAGGAGACACUACUGCCACCUACCCCUGACAACCCCUAACCCCCAACCCAUGGCUUCCCUCUUUUGCAUCACCACCACUCCUAAACCCCCAUUUCCCGAUUUGUCAGAAAUUUUUUUAACAAAACUAAAAAACACAA